AUGUUUCAACGUUGCGCCAACGACCUUCGUGGAUACCGCGAAUAUACAUACCAAUUGAAGCAUACACAUGGUUCGGUGUUGUCCUUCGUGAGGCAGGAAAGACUCCGAUGGAACGAUACCGUGCCUUCAGGCGAUAGACCUUUCUCCAACCCCACAGACUUCAAAGUUCUAUACAACGACUGGCCUUAUUUUAUCGAUCAAGACAUCACUCACCUUGUUGUCUGGACCAAAUUUCUCAUUGACGAGGAUGAAAAGACCGGAGAAGUGACUGAAGAAGCCAAGGCUGUGAUUGAAGAGUUUAUCGCCAAAACAUUUUGUGCUAGUGAUAACGAUCUUGAGCCACGCUUUAGAAAAAUGGGUCGAAAUCAGAUUACGUGGUUCAAGAACUGGAAAAGUCUGAAAAGUGUCCAUGAACUAGGCGGCCACGAUGAGACUCACACGCUCAACGGCAAUAAUGACCCUAUACCAAUGUGGAAGCUCGAAUCAAAAUCCGAGACAUGGUACUCCACGAAUGAUGGAGUGAAGAAACGAGUGAUUUCUGCAUUGCCACGUUUCGCACAGCCGGGUGGUAUCGCACACAGAAAGCUCGGUCCGACGUCCUACCUGGAUGCCCUCAGAGGGUGGGCGGCCGUGGGUGUCUUCUGGGCACAUUCGUUCAACGUCGGUGGCGACAACUGGAGACGACAACCAUUUCUCAAUGUCAUUUUCAACGGCGCGUCCAUGGUGGCCUUGUUCUUCGUUAUCUCGGGAUAUGUCUUGGGAUACCGUUUCCUCAUCUACAUGCGGAAGGGGGAAUCCGAAGCCCUGCUCACCUCUCUUGCAUCAUCGACGUUUCGAAGAUAUAUCAGACUGUACGGCAGUGCGGCCUGCGCUUGCUUCAUUGGCCUGAUUCUGAUGCGGCUGCGGAUAUAUGAGGGCUGCUAUCCGCCAGACAGCAUACGGAAAGAGACCUUAUGGGGCCAGCUCGUGGAUUUCACUUUUGACAUGAUAUACUUCACCAAUCCUUUUGGUCACAUCAGAGGAUGGCCAGACAGUGAUAUCGCGACUUCGAGAUACCUCAGCCCGAUGUGGAGUAUCGCAGCAGAAUAUCGCGGGAGUGUGGCUCUUUUCGCCUUCUGCACUGCCGUCUGCAAAAUGCCAACCAAGACCCGAAUGAUUUCCACCUGGGUCGUCAUGAUCGUAUGCUAUGUCUGGCAGGCAGUCUACAUAGCCGAGUUCAUGGCUGGCCUCUUCAUUGCGGACUUGGCUCUAAGCAGAAGUCCGGAACGAUUGGACAGUCCAUGGGUCAUCCCAAAGCAACCAGAAGUACAAAAGCGAACGAAGAUCAAACAUAUCUGUAUUUUUCUCCUCGGCCUGUUCCUCUUGAGUCAACCAGAUACCUUCAACAACUACCCGUGGAAUCACAUGGCAGGCGCCAUUCCAUAUUGGUGGAACGAUAACGGGAAAUACCUCUUCUGGUACGGCUUCGGCGCCUUCGCACUGGUCUACGCCCUGGAGUUCUACCCAACUUUACAGAAGCCGCUGCAUUGGCGGUUAUCCCAAUACCUGGGUGACAUCUCGUUCGGACUGUAUGCAAUGCAUGGCCCUUUUCUGCUAGGUCCAUACAUGCAGGUCAUGAUACCACUACGUGAGCAGUAUAUGGGCAACACGGUCUUGAAGUAUAUCCCAGGCUUUAUCGUGUAUCCUCUGAUGGUGUUGAUUGCGUCGGAUUAUUUUGAGCGGGUGGAUAAGACCGUCGUUCGUCUUGCGAGAGCCCUUCAGCGGAUGAUGUUUGCCUAG